CUGGCCGCUCCGUCAUCCAGACGGUGGCUGCGCAGCGCACUCUGAGACGGUGCGUCUCUGCAGCGGAGCGUCGACAGGCGGACAGAAAUGAGCAGAACCCCGCAGACUGGGCCCCGCAAACAUGGAUCUCUGUAGUAUUGUCAAUGUGCUGCUGUGGAUUUUAUUCCUGCGCCGGGUCCAAGUCUGCCGAGGAGAAGAAGUGGUGCUGCUGAAUUCCAAGGAGACUCAGGCAGAGCUUGGCUGGACCUCUUAUCCUCCCAAUGGAUGGGAGGAGAUCAGCGGCGUGGAUGAGAAGUAUAAACCUAUUCGGACCUACCAGGUCUGCAACGUGAUGGAGCCCACGCAGCAGAACAACUGGCUGCAGACGGGCUGGGUGCCACGUCGAGGCGGACAGCGCAUAUUUGUGGAGCUGCAGUUCACGCUGCGCGACUGCAACAGCAUUCCUGGAGUGGCCGGGACCUGCAAGGAGACGUUCAACCUGCUGUAUGUGGAGUCGGACCGGGACCUGGGUGAGGUGACCCGGGAGGACCGCUACACCAAGAUAGACACCAUCGCUGCCGACGAGAGCUUCACACAGGGCGACCUAGGAGAGAGGAAGAUGAAGCUCAAUACAGAGGUGCGAGAGAUCGGCCACCUGAACAGGAAGGGCUUUCACCUGGCGUUCCAGGACGUCGGCGCCUGUGUGGCUCUCGUGGCCGUGCGCGUUUACUACAAACGCUGCCUCGCGACCGUCCAGAACCUAGCCGUGUUCCCCGACACAGUGGCUGAAGCAGCCUUUGCCACUCUGGUGGAAGUCCGCGGUACCUGCGUCAAUAACUCUGAGGUGGACACGGACAGCCCUCCCAGGAUGCACUGCAGUGCUGAGGGCGAGUGGCUGGUGCCCAUCGGGAAGUGCAGCUGCAGCGCCGGCUAUGAGGAGGGACACAGCAGCUGUGAAGCGUGCCCGCCCGGAUCCUACAAGAUGUCGUCGCGGCAGCAGGAGUGUUUUCCCUGUCCGGCCAACAGCGUGGCGGAGGAGGAGGGCUCUGUGGUGUGUGUGUGUGAGGAAGACCACUUCAGGACUCCUCUGGACAGCCCGUCUGCUCCCUGCACCAGGCCCCCCUCCCCACCCAGAGACCUGCUGUUCUCCCUGAGGCAGUCCUCGCUGGUCCUGGACUGGGCCCCGCCCUCAGACACGGGGGGCCGCGUGGACCUGACCUACAGCGUGGGCUGCCGGCGCUGCGUGGAGGGCCAGUGCGAGCCCUGCGGGCCCAGCGUGGGCUUCGUGCCUCAGCAGGUGGGGCUGACGGAGCGCACCGUCACCGUGGUCAACCUCCUCCCCAACACCAACUACCGUGGGCUUCGUGCCUCAGCAGGUGGGGCUGACGGAGCGCACCGUCACCGUGGUCAACCUCCUCCCCAACACCAACUACACCUUCACCGUGGAGGCCCUGAACGGCGUGUCGGACCUGCUGCCCAGCAAGAGCUUCUACACGCAGGUCCACGUGUCCACCAGCCUGCCCGCUCCGUCUCUGAUCAGUGAGCUGCGAGCGGAGAAGAUCGAGGAGAAGAGCAUCACCCUGGUGUGGAGAGAGCCCUCGUACCCGAACAGCAGCCGCACCGAGUAUGAAGUCAAGUACUACGAGAAGGAACAAAGGGACCAGAGUUACUCCACCGUGAAGACGGCAGCCACCAGGAUCAGCGUCAACAACCUGAAGCCCGGCACCACCUACGUCUUCCUCAUCCGCCCCUUCUUAACCCCAGCUCCUUCCUCAUCCUUGUCUUCCUCUGCUCUCUCAUCAACCUCUUCUACUUCUGCGUCCUCCUCUUCAUCAUCGUCCUCCUCCUCCCCCCCUCCCAUCGACUACGGGGCGUACAGCGCCCCCCUGGAGCUGCAGACUCUGGGCGAGUUGGCCCUGGCGUCCAGCGAACAGAACCCAGUGGUGAUCAUCGUCAUCGUGUCUGUGGCUGCCCUCAUCAUGGUGCUCUCCAUGGGAGUGGGACUGCUCAUCUGGAGAAGACAAUGCGGCUACAGCAAAGCUUCUCAGGAGGGAGACGAGGAACUUUACUUCCAGUUUAAGAUCCCCACACGGAGAACCUACAUCGACCCAGAGACCUGCGAGGACCUGCUGCAGGCCGUGCACGCCUUCGCCAAGGAGCUGGACAACCAGAGCAUCAAGAUAGAGAGAAUCAUGCACACAGGUGACUUCGGGGAGGUGUGCCGCGGCUGCCUGAAGCUGCCCAGCAAGAGAGAGCUGCCGGUGGCCAUCAAGACGCUGCGGGCCGGCUGCUCCGACAAGCAGCGCCGCGCCUUCCUGAGCGAGGCCGGCAUCCUGGGACAGUUCGACCACGCAAACAUCCUCCGGCUGGAAGGCGUCAUCACCACCGGAAACACCAUGAUGAUCGUAGAGGAGAGCAUGGCCAACGGAGCCCUGGACUCCUUCCUCAGGAAACACGAAGGCCAGCUGAGCUCCAUGCAGCUGAUGGACAUGCUGACCGGGGUGGCUUCAGGGAUGAAGUACCUCACUGAGAUGGGCUUCGUGCACAAACGGCUGGCAGCCCACAAGGUUCUGGUGAACUCCAACCUGACCUGCAAGGUGUCCGGCUUCAGACCCCUUCAGGAGGACAAGAUAGAGGCCAUCUACACCACGCUGCACGGAGGGAAGAGCGUGGUUCUGUGGACCGCGCCGGAGGCCAUCCAGUACCACCGCUUCUCUUCAGCCUCCGACGUCUGGAGCUUCGGCAUCGUCAUGUGGGAGGUCAUGUCCUACGGAGAGAGACCCUACUGGGACAUGGGCACGCAGGAUGUGAUUAAGGCCAUCGAGGACGGCUUCAGGCUACCAGCUCCGGUCAGCUGUCCUCCACAUCUCCACCAGCUGAUGCUGGACUGCUGGCAGAAGGAGCGCACCGAGAGGCCCAGUUUCAGCCAGAUCCACUCGGCGCUCAGUAAGAGCAUCCGGUCUCCGGAUGGCAUGGGCUCAUCUACGCUGGCCCGCAGAACCCUGAGCUCGUCCAUCACCCUGGCUGAGCGGCCGCUGCCCAGCUUCCCGUCCUUCAGCUCAGUGGGAGAGUGGCUGGACGCCGUGGACAUGGGCCGAUACAAGGACAACUUCACCGCCGCCGGGUACUGCUACCUGGAAUCUGUGGCCCGGAUGACCGUCCAGGACGUCCUGAGCCUCGGCAUCACCUCUCUGGAUCACCAGAAGCUGAUCCUGGCCGCCAUCCAGACGCUCAGGGCGCAGGUGAUCCAGAUGCACGGGCGGGGGGUGCAGGUCUGAGCGCCGGACUCGCCCAGCCGGGCUGCAGCAGCGCACCUCCAGGUGUGCAGGCGGAGCCGCCGAAGGAGCUCGUCCACCGGAGGAAAGGCGAGCAGAUGAUCCACUCCAUCCCUUCAGCCCUUCUUCCCGUUAACAGAGGAGAUGCGUGGUGAGACUCCAGGGGGGGGGGGGAGUCACGGGACUUUUUGUGAAUCUGGAGCCGCUGGCCCUGCAGCUCCUUCCCUUUGACCUGCUGGGAGACGAGGCUGCUGCCAUCCAGUGCCGGUGCGACCCAAUGAAUGACUGGGAGGAUGCCCCAGCUGCAAGUGUGGGCGGAGCCUCAGCAGGUGGCCACGUUCUCCAGAUGUUUCUGUGGGCGGAGCCUCAGCGGGUGGCCACGUUCUCCUGAUGUUUCUGUGGGCGGAGCCUCAGCGGGUGGCCACGUUCUCCUGAUGUUUCUGUGGGCGGAGCCUCAGCAGGUGGCCACGUUCUCCUGAUGUUUCUGUGGGCGGAGCCUCAGCAGGUGGCCACGUUCUCCUGAUGUUUCUGUGGGCGGAGCCUCAGCAGGUGGCCACGUUCUCCUGAUGUUUCUGUGGGCGGAGCCUCAGCGGGUGGCCACGUUCUCCUGAUGUUUCUGUGGGCGGAGCCUCAGCGGGUGGCCACGUUCUCCUGAUGUUUCUGGCCAAUCAGACCAGCUGGUGGAACUGCUCUGUUGUUGGCUUUUCUUUUCCUCCUCGGUGCUUCUCCUGGUUUUCCUUGUGCUGGAUGUCUUCUGGGUCACAGAAUCCCCCCGAUGUCAACGUCUACGGGCACAUCUCAAAAACUUUAGAAUGUCGUGAAAAUGAAAUCCUUUCUGUCCCUCAUUUCAGAGAGUGAAGCUCAUUUAUAGAUUUAUUAAACAGAUGGAAACAAUUCAAGUCUGAUCUCCUGUAAUUUGAUGAUUCUGGUUCACAGAGAAUGAAAACUCUGAAUAUUGUGAAAAGGGAACAUCAGCUAAUUAACUAAUUAACUAUAAUAAUUAAUUAAUAGGAUGGUCAGGAUGCC